UGUUUUUUUCUCUCUUCUUCACCUCAACACUUUACUUUCUCUCUCCCCCAAAGUCUUUUUUUUUCUCUCUCUCUCUUGUGCGCUGUGAAAAGUGGGAAACAGUGUUGUUUGUAUCAUUCUGACCCUGGGACUGGAUCUGGGUGCGCUUCUCUGCUUGGAUUUUCCAUUUCCGAUUAGCUUAAUCGGCCUCGGGGUGGAAUAGCUGUGUUUCUGUGGUGGGAAAUACUAUAGAACUAUGGCUGUCUCCAUGAGAGAUUUGGACCCAGCUUUCCAGGGGGCAGGACAAAAGGCUGGGCUAGAAAUAUGGCGCAUAGAGAAUUUUAAUCCUGUUCCUGUUCCAAAGUCUUCUUAUGGGAAGUUCUUCACUGGUGACUCUUAUAUUGUUCUUAAGACAACCUCCUUAAAAAGUGGUGCCUUGCGGCAUGAUAUUCAUUAUUGGCUUGGUAGGGAUACUACUCAGGAUGAAUCAGGUACUGCUGCCAUCAAGACAAUUGAACUCGAUGCAGCUCUAGGUGGACGUGCUGUACAAUAUCGUGAGGUUCAAGGUCAAGAGACUGAGAAAUUCUUGUCCUGUUUUAAGCCAUGUAUUAUACCUCAAGAAGGUGGAUUUUCAUCUGGGUUCAAACAUGCUGAGGCUGAGGAACAUAAGACUCGGUUGUUCGUGUGUAAAGGAAAACGUGUUGUCCAUGUGAAAGAGGUUCCUUUCAGUCGAUCUUCGCUCAAUCAUGACGACAUUUUUGUUCUAGAUACCAAGUCUAAGAUUUUCCAAUUUAACGGUUCGAACUCGUCCAUUCAAGAGAGAGCAAAAGCAUUGGAAGUUGUUCAAUAUGUUAAAGAUACAUAUCACAAUGGAAAAUGUGAGAUAGCUGCCAUUGAGGAUGGAAAGUUGAUGGCUGAUUCUGAAACUGGAGAAUUUUGGGGCUUUUUUGGUGGCUUUGCUCCACUUCCAAGGAAAACAUCUAGUGAUGAGGAUAAGCCUCUUGAUUCUCAUUCAACAAAGCUAUUUGGAAUUGAGAAGGGGCAACUGGAACCUGUUGAUGCUGGAUCUUUGACAAGAGACCUGCUAGAAACACACAAAUGCUAUAUUCUAGAUGGUGGAUAUGAAGUAUUUGUAUGGAUGGGAAGAAAUACCUCUCUUGACGACCGGAAAAAAGCAACUGCAGCUGCCGAGAAACUGGUGCAUGGGCCUGAUAGACCAAGAUCACAAAUCACUUGCGUGAUUGAAGGUUUUGAGACAGCGACAUUCCGAUCUAAAUUUGACUCGUGGCCUCAAGUUACUAAUGUAGUGGUGUCAGAGGACGGUCGAGGAAAGGUUGCAGCUCUUCUGAAGCGCCAAGGAGUUAAUGUCAAGGGUCUUCUAAAAGCUGAUCCCGUAAAAGAAGAACCCCAGCCAUACAUUGAUUGCACUGGGAACUUGCAGGUUUGGCGAGUUAGUGGCAAUGAAAAGAUUCUCAUUCCUGCCUCCGACCAGUCCAAAUUUUACAGUGGAGAUUGCUAUAUCUUUCAAUACUCGUACCCUGGAGACGAUAGAGACGAAUAUCUUAUAGGAACAUGGUUUGGGAAGCAAAGCGUUGAGGAAGAAAGAGCUUCAGCAUUAUCACUGGUAAACAAGAUGGUUGAGUCAUUAAAGUUUCUUCCAGUCCAGGCACGCAUUUACGAAGGGAGUGAACCGAUACAAUUUCAUUCAAUUUUCCAAGGCUUUGUUGUCUUCAAGGGAGGCCUAAGUAAGGGAUACAAGAAUUAUGUUGCGGAGAAGGAAAUUCAAGAUGAAACUUACCAAGAGGAUGGGAUUGCAUUAUUUAGAGUUCAGGGCUCUGGACCUGAAAAUAUGCAAGCAAUACAAGUAGACCCGGUUGCAUCGUCUUUGAAUUCCUCCUACUGCUACAUAUUGAAUAGCAGCUCCACUGUCUUUACAUGGACUGGAAGCCUUACAAGCUCAGAUAAUCAAGAACUUGUUGAGCGGUUGCUGGAUUUGAUAAAGCAGCCCAAUGUACAGUCUAGACCUCAAAAAGAAGGCACAGAAUCUGAACAAUUUUGGAAUUUGCUGGGAGGCAAAUCUGAAUAUCCUAGCCAAAAAAUUGCACGAGACGCUGAGAGCGACCCUCACCUAUUUUCUUGUACCUUCUCUAGAGGGAAUUUGAAGGUGGUGGAGGUACAUAACUUUGAUCAAGAUGAUCUGAUGACUGAAGACAUGUACAUUCUGGAUAAUCACUCAGAGAUAUUUGUAUGGGUUGGCCAACAAGUCGACUCUAGGAGUAGACUACAAGCUUUAACUAUUGGUGAGAAAUUUCUUGAACAUGAUUUUCUGUUGGAAAAUCUAUCUUCUAAAGCUCCGGUGUAUAUUAUCACGGAAGGAAGUGAACCUCCAUUCUUCACACGCUUCUUCACAUGGGACUCUGCAAAAUCUUCAAUGCAUGGAAACUCGUUUCAAAGGAAACUUACGAUAGUCAAAAGUGGGGGCACUCCUACUGUAGAUAAACCAAAGAGAAGACCAGUAGCAUACGGUGGGAGGUCUGCAGUGCCAGACAAAUCACAGCGAUCUAGGAGCAUGUCUUUUAGUCCUGAAAGGGUCCGUGUAAGGGGGAGGUCUCCUGCUUUCAAUGCAUUGGCUGCUAAUUUUGAGAACCCUAAUGCAAGGAACCUUUCUACGCCACCCCCAAUGAAUCGAAAGAUCUUCCCGAAGUUAAUAAGCUCGGAUUCAGCAAAAUUGUCUGUUGCGAAAUCUUCAACAUUGGCAGCCCUUAGUGCUAGUUUUGAAAGACCACCACCUGCUCGAGAAGCUAUCAUACCGCGUUCUAUAAAAGUGACUCCAGAGCCUACCAAGCCUAAACCAGAGACUAGUAAUAAUGAUAAGGAGAAGGAUAAGGAGAAGGAGAACAACUCAGUCCCAGUCAGAAUCGAAACUCUCACCAUACAAGAAGAUGUGAAAGAAGGCGAGGCCGAAGAUGAGGAAGGCCUCACAAUAUAUCCAUACGAGCGUCUAAAAACUACGUCAGCCGACCCUAUUUCAGACAUUGAUGUGACAAAACGAGAGACAUACCUUUCAUCAGAAGAAUUCAGGGAGAAGUUUGGAAUGACUAAAGACGCCUUUUAUAAGUUGCCAAAAUGGAAACAGAAUAAGCAUAAAAUGGCCCUUCAACUAUUCUAACUGUUCUUAUAUGGUUUCCUUUGAUCAUUUCACUCAGUUUCCUGCAGUUAUAUAUUACCAGUGGAAGAAGCUUGGCUUUCAAAUCCAUAUGUUGUUAGAUUAGAUCUAAGGAGCCUCCUGAACUGAUUGAACUCAACUGGUAAGGAGUGGAAGGGACAGCUUCAGUGCAUUUUUAGCUGCUUCUGUUGCCCAGAGACUUGUGUUCAUGAUUGAUGGACGAAACUCGAGUUUUGUUUUUUUCGCCUGCAGUCGAUUGCAAACAUCUUUAAUUUUUUUUUUCUGCUCUUUAUUAAGCAUUUGGUGUUCAUUUUUAUGUUAAAAGCUAUGUUGUGAGCUUGCAUUUUUUUUCUAUUUUUGAACAUAUGUUUAGUUUUCAGUUUUAUUUUUUCAUUCAAUUUUUUUCAGGAGAGCAAUUAGGUGGUCUGCAAUUUAUUUUUCUUUCAUUUGCAUUUCUCGAGGAAGAACAACUGUGUGUACAGCAGAGUGUAAUAUUCUAGAUGACAAUAAACUUAUAAAAGUGUGAUUUUUCUUAUA